UCCCUCUAGAAUGGUUCGAUUUCAUAGUCGUUAAAGAGCAGAUUGGCCGCCUUCAUCAUUCACCCGUAGUACUCCCAGUAGUGAUAAUUAUCACAAAUCAAUCGAAUUUAAACAACAGUUGCCCUCGUUAUCGGGGGACGCUUAAGUCUCAAGCCGCAACUGCCACAAUAGAGUAUAUUCCACGCUAUUCACUUCAAAUUCAACUCUUUCGGUUGGAAGCUCGUUAGUGAUCAGACCAGUGAAAUGAAUAUUCUGAAAGAAGUUUAUUUUGAAAUAAUCUGUUUGCUCUUGUUUAUGAGUUCGAUAGAGAGUGGCAGCUUCACUCCCGAAGACGCAGCCUUUGCUUUCCAGAGGUGUCGAAACAUAUCAAAUGCAAACACCGAUCUUAAAGAAAUGUGGGCGUUUUGGAAGUUUCCCGAUAAGAAGGAGACACAUUGCUACGUUAAGUGCUUCCUGGAAAAAUUGGGAUUGAUCGAUUUGGUUUCGAGAGGAUUAGAUGCCAACAAAAUAUUCCAACAAAUCGAUGAGAAUGACCUAUCUACUGAGGAGAGUGACUUUUGGGACAUAUUGGAAGUGGAUUUGAGCGGAACUUGUAAAUCCUACUACACGAAGUGGAUGCAGAUGAAUGAAAGAUUCCCCCAUAUCUUCCGGAAAGCGUUCUACGGUAGCGAAAAAGAUAUCAAAUAUUUCUAUCAAGCUAAUCCAUAUGGAGCCAAAAGAAGAGGAAUGACUGCAAUCGAUUUCUGCAUAAGUUCUUCGCAAACCGAAAAUGAUAAUGACUACAAUGCCCCAUCGGAGCCACAAUGUUACUGGGAAUGUGUUUUCAUUCAUUUCAGAUACUUUGAUGCCUACGGAAGAGUUGAUAGAAAUGAAGUUGUUUCUAGUUUCAAAGAUUACGACGGAAAUGUCGCAAGUUCAAAUCUAGAAGAUAUAAAUGCUUGUGUUCAUCAAAGCAAUGAGGAAUACUCGCUUGGGUGGUGCCAAGUAGCUAAUGCACUCUACAAUUGCCUUAUCAGUCGAAUACAUUACAGUCCUGAAGUGUUUACUAAGCGCAAUACAUGGACCGCAUCCUAUUAAAUUACUAAGCUAAAGGGCAUAUGUACACAUUUAUAUACGAAGACUUAUAAAUUAGUAUGCUAAGACUUUUGUUAUUAUCUAUAAUAGAUUUUAUUAAUUGAGGAACUGAUAAUAGUGUGAUAAAAAGUACGCAGAAAUACAUAUACAGUAUGUGCCGUUUUA